AUGGAUUAUCUUAUGGAAGAGCUUGAAAGAAUGGGAGCCAACGCCAUCGACAGCUUCGAAGAUAAAAUCAGCGAAGUCGACAUCAAGCGCUGGCAAAAUCUGUUCUCCAUGACACACGAAGACGCAAAGCACUGCAUUAAGACCUACCGAGCAGACAUCGACCGCCAGAGAUUCUCCGCCGAGUUAUGGCUUGAGCUUAAGACUCCAAAGAAAGCACAAGGCUUUGACCGCGAGUCCUAUGAAUAUGCCAUGUUCUGUCGCUCCAAGGUAAACUCGAGUGCUCCCACCACUAGCUCCGUUCAUACCUCCUCACAUCCGAACAACGUCCUACGCGGCCUGAUCCUUGGUGGUCCUCUAGGUACUCCAGAGGAUGUUCAAAAUAUCGCAGGGUUCACACCUACGGUCGUCAAAGCUGAGUCGGAAGAGUCUGAAACAAGCUUCUGCUAUGUUACAGCCGACCAGGAGCGUCGCAUCCGACAAGGCCUCAAGGACCGAGGCAUCAGCUUCGAGCCUGGCUUCAUAACCAUCAACAUUGCAGCAAAAGACCUCUCAGCACUGCCCAAACUGGGCGUCAACGAUCCAACCCUACCACAACAUCGGUUGAACAGUGUUGCAGAGCUACAGCAUGAUUAUCCAGUUCUUUACUUUUUCUACGGCACUCUCGCACAACCCGAGAUCCUGAAGCGAGUGCUCGAACUUGAAGACGAUUCUGGUCCAGCCUUGAAGCCUGCACACGUCUUAGACGGUAAGAUCACAACUCUAGGUCGAUACCGAGCAUUAGUGAACAGCGGAAACUCUCGUGUGGAUGGUCAUGCUUUCAUGGUUCAGUCCGAGGACCAAGAAAGAUUCUUGCGUCUAUAUGAGACCAAUAUGUACGAGGUCGUCCGAUGCGAUAUCAUGCUAGUUGGAGAACAUGUGCCUGUCAAGGGUUUGACUUUUCGCCUAGCAGCAUCAGAGUAG